UCCUCGGAUGACUGGGAAACAUAUGGACUUUUUGGGAAGCGUCUGCCAGCAGUGUAUAAAAGGGAAAUGGAUCCCACUAAGUCCUCACUUCUUCACAUUAGCUUCGAGUGGCUCUUACUGCCUGUUCGACUACACUUUUCUGUCAUCUUCUAAACCUCUUGCUACUAAGAGUCACAAUGGCCUUCGUACCUACAGUCUCCAGUCUUUUGGUGGUCUUUCUGCUUGGUGUUUGCAUACAACUCGACGGAGUUGCAGCUCAGUAUGUUCCAGGAGCCAGAUGCAUUUGUCCAGGAACCAUCAUGCAUACCUCAGAAACCAUUGUGGACUUUGAAAUCAUUGAAAAGACCUUUUAUUGCGACAAAAUUGAAGUCAUUGUAACACUAGAGGAAGACGGAGCAAAACGCUGCCUGAACCCUGAGGGACAGAAGGGCAGGUUUUUUAUCCAGUGCUGGAACAAGAUAAACAAGGACGGCAAGCAAAAGAAAAGAUGUCUCAAGAAGAAAAAAGAGUGAAAGUGGCUGAGAAGGAGGAGGCCUAAAUGGAAGACCCUCUGGGAUGGAUUUUCCCAGAAGUCAUGUGACCAGAAUGGAAUGCAUGACUCUGCCCUUCAGAGAAGGAGAGCACAAGAAUGUGAGAGGAAGGAUGAAAGAAAAGAGAUAUUCCUUUAAUAAUAUCUUCCCAUAAUCCUUUGAAAAUGUUUGUAUUGUGUGCGAUAUUAUGAAGAUGGACUGUACUGUUGCAGGAUUGAAUGUAUUCAGCACUAUGUAUGUUUUAUGAAGUCCGGUGGAUAACUUAUUUAAAAGUUUUAAUUUAUAAUUGAUGUUCAUUUUGCUAUUUAAAUAGUUUGUGUUGGUUCAAAAAUAUAUAUUUUUUAUAACACUCAAAUACAACUUUCUUUUCUUUUUUAAACAACUCUAAGUUAUCCUGUCUUUAAACUCUCAGCAUAUUUUGAAUGACUGUAGUAGUGUAUGUCUGAAACCAUGGAGUAAUAAACUACUGAGAUAUUCCAAA